AUGGGGGCGUUUUUUGUGGUGUUGGUGCCAGUGGUGGUGACGACGUAUUUGCUGGGAGAAAGGAAGAAGAAGAGGAUUAAGCAGCAGGCAGUGACGGUUGAGAAUGUGGGUGGAGAGAAGGGAUUGACUAAGCGGAAUGCGCGGUUCGAUAAGUUGGUGGAGACGCCCAGGGAGGGAGCUGACACUUUGGCCAGCCUGUUUGAGCAGUCUUGCGCGCAGCAUUCGGGAAAUCGGUUUCUGGGGACUCGGGUACUGUUGAAACGUGAGACGGAAGUAUCCGAAGACGGCCGAAAGUUUGAGAAGGUGACGUUGGGGCAAUAUGAGUGGACCACUUACGCCCAGGCGUUUCUCCGAGCCAGUGACUUUGCAUCUGGGCUCGUCGCGCUCGGUCAUGGACAAGGUGAACGUGUGGCAAUCUUCUCCGAAACUCGACCGGAGUGGUUACUUGCCCUUCAGGCGUGUUUCCGCCGGAACCUUACAGUGGUUACCAUAUAUGCGUCUCUUGGAGAGGAUGCUCUCGUCCAUUCAUUGUCCGAGACGGAAGUUUCUACAGUAAUCUGUGAUUCUAAGCAGCUCAAAAAGAUCGUGGAUCUUAGUGACAAACUCGGAACUGUGAAACGGGUGAUUUAUAUGGAAGAUGAUGACACGGUUACUUCUGAGCCAUCAAUGGAGGGAAAGGUCAUAGCCCGGUUUUCACAUGUGGAAAAGCUUGGCAAACAAUCACCUGCUCAGCCUGAUAUGCCCCGCCCUUCGGAUAUCGCUGUCAUCAUGUAUACCAGUGGGAGCACUGGUAUGCCCAAGGGUGUGAUGAUGUCGCAUAAAAACAUAGUGGCCACUAUUGCUGGAGUAACUGCUUCAGUACCAAAACUGAAUACAAGCGACGUGUACCUUGCCUACUUGCCUCUCGCACAUAUUUUGGAACUUGCAGGGGAGUCGACACUUUUUGCAGCAGGAGCUGCUAUUGGAUAUGGUUCUCCAUUGACCUUGACAGAUACCUCAAGCAAGAUAAAAUUUGGUACCAAGGGAGACGCAACUGAACUUCAGCCUACACUCAUGUCGGCAGUUCCAGCAAUUUUGGAUCGUGUUCGAGAUGGUGUGAGGAAAAAGGUGAACACUAAGGGAGGGAUCACGAAGAAGCUUUUUGAAUUGGCCUACUACCGAAGGCUUGCUGCCAUCGAAGGGAGUUGGUUUGGUGCAUGGGGUCUGGAGGCAAUGCUCUGGAAUGUUCUAGUGUUUAGAAAGAUUCGAUCUGCUCUUGGAGGGCGGGUCAGGGGAAUGCUCUCUGGGGGUGCACCACUUUCAGGAGACACUCAACGAUUCAUGAAUAUCUGCUUUGGGUGUCCUAUUGGCCAGGGCUAUGGUCUCACCGAAACUUGUGCAGGUGGAACAUUCAGUAAUUGGGAGGAUAUGACUGUUGGCCGAGUAGGCCCUCCUGUUGCAGUGUGCUACUUAAAGUUGGUUAACUGGGAUGAGGGUGGUUACAAGUACACAGACGCUCCAAUGCCAAGAGGUGAAAUUGUGAUUGGUGGGCCUAAUGUGACUAUGGGAUACUUCAAAAAUCAAGCUAAAACUGACGAGGUUUACAAGGUGGAUGAGAAGGGGAUGAGGUGGUUUUAUACGGGAGACAUUGGCCGCUUUCAUGAAGACGGAUGUAUAGAAAUUAUUGAUCGUAAGAAGGAUAUUGUGAAAUUGCAACAUGGAGAAUAUAUAUCACUGGGAAAGGUGGAGGCUGUGCUUUCAGCAAGUCUUUAUGUGGAGAACAUCAUGCUACACGCAGAUCCUUUUCACAGCUAUUGCGUAGCUCUUGUCGUCGUAUCUCAAUCGGCACUAGAAGGCUGGGCUCAGGACGCUAAUGUGGAUUACAGUGAUUUUGCUGAUUUAUGUUCAAAGACACAGGCUAUCAAAGAGGUUUUAUCCUCCCUCACAAAGAUUGGCAAAGAGAAUCGUUUGGAGAAGUUUGAGAUUCCAAUGAAGAUUAAGCUGAUGUCUGAGCUCUGGACCCCCGAGAGUGGUCUGGUGACUGCUGCUUUAAAGCUGAAAAGAGAGAACAUUAGAAAAACUUUUGCCGAGGAUUUAAAAUCUUUAUAUCAGUAAGUGUCAGGACAAUGAUAUCAUGGAACAAUUUUAGUGAAGCUUUUUUUUCUGAUGGGAACUGCAUGAAGAGCUUGCUGGAGUUGAAUUUUUGGAGAGCUUUUAGACGCUUAAACCCAUGCCUCGUUGUUCGUUCGGGAGAUAGAUGUUGGAAAACGUUACUGGUUCGAGGAUCCUCUUUGUUUUAUGAUUUUUGGAGAUAGUCUUGAGACCAGAUCAUUCUGAAUAGCAGGUGUAAAAUUAAUUGCUUAUGGCAUGCUUUUGGGGAUGAUUCGCAGCAUAGUAGUCUAAUAAUGAUGUUUAUCUUGCAUGUUCUUCUUGGGUUGGUUAUGCAGUAAGAUAUUCCUAGUGAUAUACUCAGAAGUAGAUAUACAUCUGUAUCAUGGAUCAUUUACUAAUAAAUUCUAUCCCAGCUCCUCGUCCUUACUUUCUGCUA